CCAUUAUUGCGAAGAUGGAUUAGAAUAGAUCGAGCAUUAUUUUUGUUUUCAGAGAAAAUUUUAUUGUUUGAGAAACACACCACUUUCCAUCAGGAUGACCUACACAGAUGCCUUCAUUCCGUGGUUUAAUAGAACGUUGUCAAAGGCAUGAUAUAUUUUGUUAGCCUCAAAAUAGCAAGAGCACUGGCGAAGUGAUUCAACACAAUUUACUGUUUUACGUUUCGGCACGCAUAUGUUUCUGCAACUUGGCAAUAUGCUUGAAUAUUUUUGAAAAAAAAAAUUUAAUUGAUAAGUAACUAUCUAUGUUAACAACUCAGUAGAUUUCUGCUAGUGUUGUUCCGAUUAAUCGAUGAUCAGUCGUUUUACCUCUAACUUAGUCAGACAUGGUGUCAGGGCCAGGGGAAACUCGGGCUACCUCUGACUAUGACGAAUCGAUCAGUUUUUUAUGAUCGAUCAUGGUUGGACUAUUACAUGGACAUUUUCAAGAUUUACAGCUGACUUCAACAAUUAAUAAAUGAACAAUAUCACUGGUGUUUAUGAAAGGUUCAGAAACUGAUGUUUUGGACAACAAGAUGCUUCAAACAAGUGAUGUUGAGGUACCAAAAUUACUAGAAAUGCUUGGAUUUCUCAUCAACGAACUCCAGAUCUACCAAGAAAUGUUGAAAGAAUCAUUGGAAGAAAGUCAGAUUGAUAUUGAGACAGUUGAUAGUAACAGCAUGGACACCGAAAUGGUGGACAAAUCUUCACAGGGAAAUGUCGGUAUCAUAAAGGAAGAACAUUUUAGUGAAAAAAUGCAGACAGAACCACCAAGGACUUUCCAGGAUGCCAGUGUUCAGACAGAGGAUGUUGAAGUUUGUGACAUACCUGCAAGUUUGUGUAAAAAUGAAAAAGCUGAGAGCACAGGAAUUUUACCAGGAACCAGUAGUAGUUGUGGAUCAAUAUCUAAUGAUUCGGAUGCCAUCACAAACAAGGAAGAUAACUCUAGACAGGUAGAUGAGAACCUGGUACAGAUACGAGCUUCAAAGUCAGAGAUAGAUAGAAGAAUUGCUGCCUUUGUGGAAAAAAAGAAGUUUGAGGUUAAUGAACUGAACAGGCGUGAGUUCUGCAGUGUGCAAGGCCCUGAUGAAGAAGCAGAAAACAGCUGUGCCCGUGUUGAUUCCUUAUUUUUCACAAGAGCUGAUGGAAAAAGUCAUAUCAAAGUGAGUCGUGUUGUGAACCUACAGGGUCCUCAGACUCAGAUUCCUGUCCACACAGAGGAUGCUGUUCAGUCUAAGGCAGCGGAACAGAAGAACAAGCUUCCCCAGGGGAUAGAGGAAAGACUCUCCAACAUGGAGAAACAUCUGACUAUCAAUAAAGGUCUGUUGUCAAGCAAUGAUGUGUACACCCGACUGAAAUUCCUGGAAGAGCGCAUCCUUUACCUGGAGAGCUUGUCUCCAGAAUAUUUUACAUUUCAGCCACUACAUCAAAAGAAACCUAGGAAGGAGAAACGAGACACAACUUACAGGAUCCCGGAGGAGGAGGUUAUGAGUGUAUUGGAUAUAGACCUGAGGAUCAAACAACUCAAGGAAUCUCUGUCAAAGAAAGCAUCCUCAACUGUAUUAUCGUAAUAAACAUGUCAAUGGCAGAUCUG